AUGAAUUCGAGAAAAAUUUGUGUAUUAUUUAUGUUUGUUCUUAUUGAACAAUCAGUUGCACAAAAUACACAUUCGUUUACAAUGUCUUUGAUAGAUGGUUGGGAAUAUCAAUGUGUUAACACUACUUGUGCACCAUUUAAUACUGUUGUUGUAUCAAACAUCCGAAUGUGUCAGGUAACUUGUUUAAAUGAAGUUCAAUGUAAGGCAGCCAGUUUUCAUCAAUCAACUUCGAAAUGUCAAUUAUUUGCUGACAUACCAGAUGAAAAUGGGAAUAUAUUAGCUAAUAUGGACACUGUUACUAUGUUUGUUAUGGCUCAAACACGAAUGCCAUCUGAACUGACCACAACGACGACAACAACAACUACUUCGUCGUCAACAUCAACAACAUCGUCAUCAACAUCAACAACUACAACCUCAUCAUCAACAUCGUCUACAACAUCGUCCACAACAACAUCAACAACCUCUUCAUCAUCAUCAUCAACAUCGACAACGUCAUCAUCAACGUCAACAACAUCGUCCACAACAAAAACAACAUCAACAACAACAUCAUCAUCAACAUCGACAACAUCAUCAUCAACGUCGACAACGUCGUCUACAACAUCAUCGACAUCGUCGUCCACAACAAAAACAACAUCGUCAUCAACAUCAACAUCAACAACGACAACAACUGGGUGUGGAUCGCAGUGUAACACAGCAUUAUUGCUGACUGACACAAACACUGCCACAGUUCAAACAUUGGUUAAUAGUUUACAAUCUGCUGGUUUAACUGUCAACUAUAUAUCUGGUGGAAUAACAACAUAUGCUGGAUCUCCAGAUGCAUCCACUUAUGGUUCUAUCAUUUUAAUAACCGGCAAUACCGAGGGAACAGAUAUGCCACUUGCAGGACAACAAUCUAUUUUAAAUGCUCAGCAGAAUAAUGGUAUUGGUGUAGUCAUGACUGAAUGGGCGGCAUAUCAUGUUUUAAAUGGACAAUGGUCUGUACUAUCUCCACUUUUAUUGGCAACACGCAUAGGAGGUGCUACUACAACUAUGUCAUUUACUUUGAUUAAUAGCGGACAUCCAGUUUGGAAUGGUCUAGCAACUUCUUUUACUACCUCGGUAACUUUAGGUUAUAGUACAUUGAGUACACCCAAGGUCGGAACCACAAUAAUAGCAAACUGUACAGUAUGCGGCACACCUGCAGUUAUUGUUGCACCUUCUUCAGGAACUGCUGGACGUAUAGUACAGAUUGCUCAUACUGGCCAUUGGAGUAGUGGUACAUUUAAUUGGGGAAACGAUGCAAAUAUCGUGACAAUGAUGAUCAAUGCAGUUAAAUGGUCUGCUCGUCUUAUUUAA